CCGUACUACAUGAUUUUUCCUGUCAUUCCGUUUGCUAGGGUAUGUCGCUUGAGACAGCGAGUCAUAUGUGGCCGGAACUAAGGCAACCCAACGGCUCAAUUUCAGAAUUUUCCACCGGGUGUCCCAUCCAUGAACCACAGUUAUUGUCCUCCUUCUCCAUCUGGUCUUCCUCAUUUUGUCAUGCUAUAUUAUUUAUCUUACUUCCAAUUUCUUCAUCAAUCAACCAACAACCAUCCGAUAUGGUCUAGUGGCUAGGAUUUGCCGCUCUCAUCACGAGAGUUAGUUACACUUUCAAGUGCCGGCAAGGCCCGGGUUCGAUUCCCGGUGUCGGAAGCUUUCUUUUUUGCCCAUUUAGGUGUUGUGGCGACGUUUUUUGGGCGUUGGGGUG